AGUAACUUUGUAAAAGAAAACAUCACCAGACUGGUUUUCCACGGUUACUUCCCGUUGUUGAGAUUUGUCCAAUCUUUCCCCGCCAGGACAACCCCCUCCCCCCUGCCCACUCUCUCCCCGGCUCUGUGCCACGUACCCCGAACCCUGAGUCACCCCAGCCGUCUUAUAGAGGAGCAGCUACUCUCUCGCAAGCGUUCUUCUUCAUCACUCCCUCACAAGAUGGCAGCAUCGCAGUUCUUCGUUCUCGUAGUUAUUACUCUGGCCAAGCUUAUUGAGACUCACGCCUACCCCAAACCAUCAAGUGGGUGCACAAACUGUGCCGGAGAUACGACAGUGACGAAAAAGGUGUUCUUUGAUAUCUCCAUCGACGGUGAAGAAGUGGGUAGGAUCGUAUUCGGUCUUUUCGGCGACACAGCCCCUAAAACCGUCAAUAACUUCUACCAGCUUGCUAGUGGAGAUCUGGGCUUCGGUUACGAGGGUAGCACAUUCCACAGGGUGAUCAAGGACUUCAUGAUUCAGGGGGGCGACUUUUCCGCACGUGACGGUUCCGGAACUAAGAGCAUCUAUGGCGAUAGGUUUGACGACGAGAACUUCACCCUGGAUCACUACGGGCCAGGCUGGCUGAGCAUGGCGAAUGCUGGUAAAGACACAAACGGCUCUCAGUUUUUCAUCACGACCGUUGCGACGCCUUGGCUGAACGGGAAACACACGGUGUUCGGAAAGGUUCUGGAGGGAAUGAAGAUUGUGCGAAUGAUAGAAGAUCAGCCGGUGGACAAAGAAAACAGAGACAAACCUCUCAAGGACAUCGUCAUCACCAAGAGUGGAACCAUGACAGUCUUCUUACCGUUUGAUGUAGAAAAGGAGGCCGUAGAGGAAUGAAUUGAGGUUUCUACAUCGGUUUACAUGUAAGCAGUGCCAAAGCUUAAACUAUGCAGUAUAACAAAACUGUUUUGUUUGGGAAAUGAUAUUUUAAUGUUAUAAUUGGACAAAGGAAUGUAACAUAUAUAUGUAUGUAAAAAAGUUGAUAUAAAUGUUCAUGUUUGUAACAUACAUUUUGAAUAUGAGGUUUAAAAACCAUUUCAUCCUGUGUUUUACUUCAUGAUUAAGGUUGUUCGUAGACAGUAGACAAAAUAGUCAUACCUUGUUAAAGGAAUUUACCACUGGUAAGAUGAUUGCUUACUCUCGUUGUUGUUGAAUACACAGAUAUGAUGAGAAAAUGUAUCAUAGUUUUAGAAUCUCAUGCGUAUGUGCAAUACCUCACCGAAAACAUUGUGCCAAAUUUGUGAUCAGGAAGGAUGUACCUUGUUUACCCUGUUGACAUUAUUAGUUUAGUCGUAUUUUGUCUGGAAACCACCAAACUUCAGAAUGUCUUUACAACAAUCUGUAAAACAACAGUUCCAUCACAGAGUGUUAUUGCAUUAGAUAUGUACCGGUACAUGAAAUUCAACUGUUAAAAUUCUUACAUUCAUGUUUGUACUGUUUGGAACAAAAGCAUUGACUGCCUGCCAUGUAUAACAAUAGUUUGCUGGCGUAUUCCAUGCUGAGCACAAAUUUGCUGUAAAGUCAAUGUUUUUGUGUAUCUGUGAUCAUAUAUCAUAUCCAGCCAUCAGAUUUAUUACAUUGUGAAUCACGUUUAGAUAUUUUCUCUUUUGCUUAUGUUGAAUCAUGCCGAGUGAAGAUGUAUGAAGUUGGAUAUUUCUGGAAAUCCUUCAGUUUGUAAAAAAGUUUCCGCAUACGACCACACUAUAGUGUACCUGUUGCGAAUUUCGAUAAAGUGGAAGUGUGUUCAACAUGUGUACACAUGGAAACCAAUCAGUGAUUUAUGACUUUGUAGAGCUUUUGUUUGUAUAUGGAGUAUUACGUCAAACAAAUUAAAAUAUAUUUCUUGCACAUCUGUCCAACCGUAACACAUUGUACAGUCUACUUCGGAUCAUUUUGAUAUUUUCUUCUGUUGUGUGCAUUGAUUGUUGAGAGAUUGAUCUGUCAUGUAAUCUUUGUCAUCGUCCAAAUCAUAUUAUGCGUGUAAAUAAAACAAUGUCACUUUUA